CAGAGAUGGGAGGGGAAAAGAUGUGGAAGGGGAAAUGGGGGAAGGAUGGCACAGAGGAAGCGGCAGCGCGGGCAGGAGGGUCCCAUGGCGGCCGUGGGGCACAGGGAGUGCGCAGUGGGGAUCCGGGUUGGCCCCCGGUGCUCUGGGGGUGCUGGGGGGGCACCCCGGAGCUGUGUCCUGCACUCACAGGGGUGUUCCAGGGGAUGAGAUUGAAGAGUGUCACUUGUUGAAUGGCACGGAGAAGGUGAGGUUCGUGGAGAGGUUCAUCUACAACCGGGAGCAGUUCCUGAUAUUGGACAGCGACGUCGGGGUGUACGUGGGGUUCAUCGCCUAUGGGGAGAUGCAUGCCAAGCGCUCUAACAGGCACCCGGUUCACAUGGAGUACUACCGGGCUUUGGUGGACACGCAGUGCUGGCGAAACUACGAGCUUUAAAAUGCCCCGUUCACAACGGUGGAGCGCCGAGGGGAGCGCGGGGCAGAGCGCGUCCCCUCGGACCCUGCCCUGCCAAUGACCCUGGAGCUCCUGAAAUUCCCAGUAUCCCUCGAGUCUGGGAAUCGCCCCAGAGGCCGCAGCCCUCCUUGUGCCCAUCACUGGGACAUCCUCUCCCACCCAGUGACCCCCCCGUGGCUCCUCCAGCCCAUCCCAGUCCAUCCCGGUCACUCCCAGUGCUCCGCGGCGCGUCCAUCUCGGUCGAGCGUGGAGAUAACGCCUCUCAGCCAAUCACA